UAGGCACAGUGACGAAGACGAUAUUUAGAAGAAAAAAAAAAAGGGGGGACCUAUUUGAAAACUAUGGCUCCGAUAUCCAAGAGAUCAUGCCCUAGUUCGCCGAACGACUCGAUGGAGAAACGGAUAAAGCGAGUUUCCGUCGAGGGGAAUAUUGCAGCGGGAAAGUCCACGUUUGUGCGCCUUUUGGAUGAUUUGAACGCCGACUGGGAAGUGGUACCCGAACCCAUCGCAAGGUGGUGCAACAUACAGUCAGAUCGCAGUGAAUUUGAGGAGCUAACGACGUCCCAGAAGUCUGGGGGAAAUGUGUUGCAGAUGAUGUAUGAAAAACCUGAGAGGUGGGCCUAUACCUUCCAGAGUUACGCUUGCAUGAGCAGGGUGCGAGCCCAGAUCAAGUCCACCAAUGGGAAGCUCAGGGAGGCGGAGAAUCCAGUACAGUUCUUUGAGCGAUCAAUCUACAGUGACAGGUACAUCUUUGCAGCCAACCUCUAUGAGAGCGAGUGCCUGAGUGAGACAGAAUGGGCUGUUUAUCAGGACUGGCAUGGCUGGCUCCAUAGCCAGUUUGGCAAGCACAUCAAGCUUGAUGGUAUCAUUUACCUCAGAGCUGCACCUGAGAGAUGUUUGGAGAGAUUACACGUGAGAGGCAGACAAGAAGAACAAGACAUUCCUCUGGAGUACUUGGAGAAACUCCACUUUAAGCAUGAGAGCUGGCUGCAGCACAAGACGAUGCAUAUGGAGUUUGACUAUCUCAGCAAUGUGCCGAUACUCACACUAGAUGUGAACGACGACUUUAGAAACGAUAAAGUCAAGUGUGCUGACAUGAUUGAGAAGGUGAAAGAGUUUUUAAGCAAAUUGUAAUAAACCUCAUCUGAUGACUAUCAGAAACUUGAGAAGGCCAAAGGACGUGAGCAGGAAUGAAGACGUCGUUGUAGGACAAUAUGAAAUUUGGGCAGCGAUGCAAUUUUUGGAUGUCAGUUCGUAAAUGAGAUGUUUAUAUCAAAGAAAGUUGAAUCAGUUCAUCUGGACACAACUUUUCUUGAGAGAGGAAUGUUUCGCCACUCAUCUAAGUGACCUCUUCAGUCUCAACUGGCUGCAGGUAUCCCCACCCUUAUAAACAAUACAGUGGCAUAACAAUCGAAACCAGUGAUUGGUUAUUUGCAGAUAGGUGUGACCAUUAACUAGAGUUACAAUGGCCAUGUGGACUAUUCACAGAGGAUUUGGGAAUGUUUGCAAUCACAGCACUGUAAGAUGGUGACAGAUGUACUCUUAGCCCCCCCCCCCCGGUUUAGGGAUGGUCAUUCCCUCUUAACAUAGAUGGCCUCUUUGACUCUCUGUUCAAACCAGCGUUCCUCCCUAUCAAGCAUGUGCACAUUCUUAUCUUUGAAAGAGUGGCCACUGGCCUGUAGAUGGGUGUCGACUGUGCAGUCUUUUCCACAUCAUCUUUCCACCUCUUCAGUCGAGGUCAGAUGCAGGGGCGUUUCCAGGAUUUGAGGACAUUCGGGGCUUAGCCCGGACUUCUGUUGGGGGGGUCCAGGGGGGAUCUUCCCUCGGAAAAUUGUUUUGAUAAACAAGCUCUAUUUUGACGUUUUUUUAAUGCGCUCUGGCACCUUAUUUACAUUCAAAGUACACGCCUUAAUCAUUGAAAAAUUGAAAUGUGCGCCUCAAAAACUUGUUUGCUCUCCAGAUUAAUUGUGAAUUGUGAUGUUAAAAUAUUAGUGGUUGUUGGUAAUUAGUAUUAGUAUUGAGUAGAAGCAGACUACUUCACAACUGCUAUCAUUAAACAUUUUUUGACAUGCUAACAGUACCAGACUAGAGAAAAAAAAUGUAUUUAUGUUAAGAGUUUAUUGGAAUAUUACAUUUUCUUUCACUCACACACACACACACAGCAUUUUCAGAUACAGUUCAUGCAGUGUAGUGCUGCACUGUUCAAUGUGAUGGUUAACUUUUGUUUGUGCCUAUAGUAAAAUGAAUGCGUCGUUACCGUUUUAGUUCGUUUUAUGGAAAUUUGAUAUAUUUACGAGAAAAAUCCUGCUAAAGGACAACAAAAAUAUGCUGUGGAAUCAGACGAGUAUGGCCCGCUAGCUAAACGGCGCCUACAAUCAUGAGGAGAAUUUCUCUUCGUCAUGAUUGUAGGUGCCGAAUCCAAUUUAUAUCAAUUCAUAUUAUUCAAAGUAAAGCGACUUUGAGUGUUAUGUUCUAUUUAUAAUAAUAAUAAU